UUCGCUCCGCCAUUAUAUUUCAUUUCCACUGGAGUCAUCGAAUUGCAUCGAAUACUCUUUACAAAUUUUAAUUUACUACAUAUACUUCUCUGCAUUCUGAAAUUAAUUCGAUUUAUGGCCGAAUCGUCCCUGCCCUACUAAAGAGCCUCGUACAUUAAUAAAAUCACAUCGCACGUUGACAUCGUUUUCACUUCUAACCUGUAAAUAAUUUCAAUUUGAGUGUGAAACGAGUGGUGAGAUUAAUAAUGGGUAAACAUGAAUUUGGAACACCCAAAUAUAUAUCCAAUAAAAUGAAAGCCAAAGGCUUACAAAAGUUACGAUGGUAUUGUCAAAUGUGCCAGAAACAGUGUCGCGAUGAGAAUGGCUUCAAAUGUCAUACUAUGUCAGAGUCACAUCAUCAUCAGCUAUUGCUAUUUGCUGAAAACGCACAUCGGUACAUGGACCAAUUUUCCCGAGAAUUUUCAGAAGGAUAUUUGAAUCUGUUAAAGAGGCAAUUUGGCACCAGACGAGUGCCAGCAAAUCGAGUGUACCAAGAGUACAUUUCUGACAGAGGACAUAUACAUAUGAACGCUACUAAGUGGUUGACUUUGACUGCGUUUGUGAAAUGGCUUGGACGUACUGGACAAUGCGUGGUUGAUGAGACUGAAAAAGGUUGGUUCAUAACAUACAUCGAUAGAGAUCCUGAGACUCUCGCUGCACAGGAGAAAAAAGCAAAAAAGGCAAAAAUGGACAAAGACGACGAGGAACGAUUGAUGGAUUUUAUUGCCAAACAAAUAGAGAAGGCAAAACAAGAUACAAAAGAAGCUGAAGGCGAAACAUCUAAGGCACCACUGAUGCGUCCCAAGAAUGAUACACCUUUGAUUCUUAAUAUAAAGCUAAAACCAAAGCCAAAGUUGCUUCCUGUACUUAAAUAAAAAAUGUUUUCUGCAGAAUCGUGAUAAA